CUUCGCUUGCACGUCAAGUGAAUAUGAAGCUCGGCAAAAGUCCUACCGAUCUACCUGGGGUGAUGAAUGGUAAGGCUGCAGCCCACCUCGGCUGCUCACCUCGGCAUUGUCAAAGCUCCAGUCUGUUCCAGUUACCGUGAACACUAUGCCUUUCCCAGCAAGUCAUCGUCCACCAAACUCCAUUAUGGCUCCAACCUUUUCGGCAGAGCAUUGGGCCGAGCGCUACGGCCCCUCAUCAACGGGGAUAUGGCGGACCGACGGAAAAGUAUGGCCUAUAAAUCAUGUUUGCGCUGAGGAGCAUGAACAUGCUCCGGAGCGAGUGUAAUUGAGGCCAACUGCAAUGUAUCUCCUCCCUUUCUUCACAGCAGCAGCUCUUCUUCUUCCAGAUGUGCUUGCUAUUGGCACAAACGAUCAGGUCGAAUCUGACAUCGAUUAUGGCACUUUUCAGAACCCCUCACCUAACGUGCGACCACGCUUCCGCUACUGGGUAAACGAUGCGUCGAUGAACUUAAGUGUGGUGGCAGAGGAUGUAAAAGCUAUCGGUAAAGCUGGGGCAGGAGGGCUCGAGCUAGUUGGCUAUUAUCUAUAUGGAGAUUCGUCUAAUUUUGGUGGACAACUGGCAUCGCCGCUACAGUCGGAUUGGACUGUAUUCGGUUUUGGCAGUCCUGCAUGGAAGAAUCUAGUCGACACGGUCUUAACGGCAGCGAAGGAAAAUGAUUUAGUCGUCGACCUUGCAAUCGGACCCAACCAAGGUGCCGGUGUCCCGGCACCAUACAACGAUGACGGCCUUUUGUGGGAUCUUUCCGGGUUCAAUUCAAGCUUUUCCACCGAACAAGGAUUUGACGGCACCCUUCCGGGGUGGGGUGCAGGUCCCCUCAUUGCAGCCGUUACAGGUCGCGUCAGUUCGACCGGCUCGAGCAAUGAGACAUAUAAAGUGCUUGCGGAGAGUUCGCUACUCGAUGUCACACAUCUUGUCAGCUCCAGUGGACAUCUUCAAUUCCAGGCCAAUGACACCACAAAAGGUCUUGAGCAUCUCGUUUUUGCUUACUAUCUUGUCCACUCUGAAUACCGCGAGGUCCAGAGUCCUGCCGAUGUUGAGGCCGCGGUCCCCCAAUCGCCUGUCACGACGUACUCGCAGAAUGGAUCAUGGGCUGUUGACCACUUCUCUUCCGAAGGCGCCCAAGUGACCGUGAACUUUUGGAGACAGGCGUUGCUGGACAAUGAGACUGGCGCACUCAUCCGUGAGGUCGGGAACUAUAUGUGGGAAGACAGCCAGGAAUACAGUGUCUCUACCUGGUGGACUCCGCGUCUCCAGCAGGUGUUCCAGUCUAAUCGAGGCUACAGCAUCAACAGAUUCAUUCCCAUUUUAGUCGGGUCCGGCGGCGGAUCCACCCCAAACAUCACCUAUGUUACCGACGAGGCUGAUGCAGGUACUAGUCAUACUGUGGACUAUCAACAAACUCUCACCGAACUCAAUGCCGAAUACCUCACAUCCUUGACACAAUGGAGCAAUGAGCUUGGCAUUCAGUUCUCCGCACAGGUCGUGUACAAUCUACCGUUGGACAUGCUCGCCAACGUCCCCUACGUCAACGGUCCUGAAUGCGAAACACUAGGUUUCAGCAACAACAUCGAUGGCUACAGACAAUAUGCUGGCCCUGCACACCUCGCCGGAAAACGCAUCGUAUCUAGCGAGGCGGGUGCAGAGAUGUCGAAGGUAUAUCAGGAACCUAUACCAGAACUCUUAUGGGGCCUGAAGCGUUCCCUAGCUGGCUCAGUGAACCAGUUUGUGCUUCACGGGUAUCCUAAUUCAGGCAACUAUGGUAAUACGACAUGGCCCGGCUUCACUACCUUUGCAUAUAUCUUUUCGGACAUGCAUGGUCCCCGCCAGCCGGCAUUUGCCUUCUACGGGGAUUUUCUUGAUUGGCUUUCCCGGAACCAAUUUGUUGGACAGACAGGCGUCCCAAAGGUGGAUGUUGCGUUUUGGUCCAAAUCCACUUCGUACGAAUCUGUUCCAACUGUUUACAGUCCAGUUGAUUUACAGAACGCAGGUUAUACCUACGAAUACCUUAGCCCAGACAACUUUGUGCUACCCGGGGCAUACGUUUCAAAUGGCACCUUUGCGCCGAAUCAGCAAGCUUUCAAGGCCCUUGUUGUCCGAGCGAAUGAGACUUUGACGGCAAUUGGCGUCGCCAAACUUGUUGAAUACGCUCAUGCCGGGCUCCCGAUUAUCUUCUCUGGAGGACUGCCGUCAAACUUUAGCGGGUACAACCCAGAAGCCGCGCGAACAGCUACCAAGGCACUGAAUAAUCUAACCUCCUUGAAUAAUAUUCACGUUGUCUCGUACAAUAAUUUGGCAGAGACCCUCCGUUCGCUCGACAUAUCGCCGCGGACGUCAGUGAGCGCAAACCGCACCUGGUACACCACCUGGAGGCACGACACGGCCACACUCAAGGAUUACGUCUACAUAUACAACGAUGCAACUGGGGUGCCGUAUGGAGGUGGCUUUUCGGUAGGAAGCGUAUCCUUCGAGACAACCGGGACACCUUUUCUGUAUGAUGCCUGGUCGGGAGAAGUGACUGCCUUGCCCUUCUACCAGCAGUCCGAGACGCAUGUCACCGUCCCGCUCCAGCUAGCUGGCAACCAGUCGAUCAUUAUCGGCUUCCAUAAGGACACCCAACCAAGUCUUCACGCCCAGAAUACCACAGAUGGAAUUCUCUGGGCCACGGGGAAUACGACGUCCCUCACCGUUUACCGAUCCUUUGAUCAGCAGACUCGUUCCCUACAGCUUUCAAACGGAAAGUCUGCAACGCUCGCCCCGAUGCUAACGCCUGCCUUUACCCUCAGUAACUGGACGCUGAUAGUCGAGUCAUGGACACCGCCUUCGAACAUUUACGACAUUGAGGCUGGGUCAACGCGCACGAACCACACAUUCGAGGUUCCCACUCUAUUACCCUGGAAUCAGGUCUCAUCAUCUCUGGCCAAUGUAUCGGGACUGGGGUACUACUCGACAACGUUCAGCUGGCCUCCCCAAACUACUAACGGGGCGGUAUCCGGUGCGGUAAUCGACAUUGGUCCCAUUACUCAGACCGCACGGGUCACAGUCAAUGGACAAGUGUUGCCCCCGGGAGAAAUCACCUGGGCGCGGUGGGAUAUUGGGCAUUUGCUCCAACGCGGACGGAAUACUGUUGAUAUCGUUGUUAGCACCCCGCUUGGGAAUGGCCUGCGGACGUACUGGGAUCAACUUGAGACAAGUGGGAAGCUUGCCAGUGCAGUGGUUCCGUCGCCCCCAGAUGAGGCGGAAUACGGACUUCUAGCUCCUGUGCAGAUUGUUGCAUAUCGCGAAGACCGGGUGGCUUAAUACUGAAUUAGAUAUAGGACAUGAUCUGGAAUCCAAUGCCCAUAUGGUCUAAUGGAAUCGGUGAUGUAUAAAAAGAG